AGCACAUUCUUCAAAGCAAAAAAAUAAAUAGAAGUGUUAUCAUAUAAGACCGUCUGUUUUGUUUUGUUUUGUUUUGUUUUGUUUUACUCAGAAGAAAGGAAAGAGAUGGGUCCCUUGUCUAAAGCUAUUAUAUUUUUGUUCAAUGAUCCUUUACUGUCGUUAUUAAAAUUCAAACAAAAAUAAUUCAGUCUGUUUCUUAAUCUCAUUUUUACUUCUUUAUCCACUCUGCCUUAUUGGCUGAAAGUUCUCAUUCCAUCCCAAUAAAAGAGCUUUCUGGAUUUUACAAUAACAAACAAAAGUUAAUAAAAGAGCCCAAUCAUUCUUAUUGUUCAUAUGUGCGGCGUCGAAGGCACCGAAGCGCACACCAGAAACCGAAGAGGAGAUGAACAAACACUAAAGGAGGUUUACUCUCCUUAGAAAUCAAUACUGGAGCAAGGGAAGAGCUAAAUGAUCACCAAUUGAUUGAUCAGUUCUGUGGUGAAAUGACAAUGUGGGAAGCAUUUGGCUGAUAUCAUGAGGUAAUUAUCCAAAUAGAAAUCAAGAGAUCUCCAAACUCAAGGAACUUUAAUUUCCCCAAACUAAUAUUUGUAACUUGAGAACCAUUAUCAGCUUGUACCAAUGAACACAUAAUUAUUAAAAAAAAAAAAAAAAAACAUUUCCAAUACUCUUAAUACCCUAGGAAAUUUUGAUAUUGUUUUUGCAGGCACAAGGAUGUAUAAUAAGAUAAAUGUUGAGAUGUUGCUCUUUCAAAGACACAAGGCAAUGUAUGGUUCAAUCCCUUCAUUUUAUAGAUGAGCAGAGAAGUCUCAAAAGGUUUGACUGGGGUGAGCAAGGUCAGAGAGUUAGUUAGCAGGCUCCUCUGAAAGGAGUUCCAGGCAGGUCUUGUCUCAGUGAGAGACCUGGUUCUACAUGACUGGCUUUGGCUUUUUAGAAGGAAUGAUGUGUUGAUCUUUGCACCCUUUUACAGAUGUGCUGAGAGAGUGUAUGGUUUUAUUGGGCUCGAAACCCUACAAGGGAAAAUAAGAACUACCUCCCUCCCACCAGUUUGUUCUUCCCUGCACAAGUCACAGUGUGUGACCCCUGGGUUUUUAUAGACCACACUGGGCUGGUUUUUUUGUCUCCCUAAUCUAUUGGGGAUUUACUAUUAGCUAAGCACUAUUGCAUGGUGCUUUCUCAACCUCAAGUAAAAUAAAACAGAAGGAAGCACAUAAAUUGGGUUGCUAUAUUCAGACAUACACACUAGCAGUGACAUGUUGUAUGCCUCCCUCCCUUCCUCCCUCCCUCCUUCCCUCUCUCCCUCCCUCUAUUCUAUUUUGAUCUAAGGUGAAAGAUGAUUAUCAUUCAAGUGCUUUUUUGUGGAAUGAAGUGAUUGGCCAAAGGUCCGGUGUUCACAGCUCCUAAAUCAGGACCUGAUUACAUCAGCAGUGCCACCGUUUUGUUGCAGAAUUAAAGCAGCCCAGAGCGCUCUCAUCUUAUGGAGCCCUAAAUCUCCCAGUCUGCCCUACACCCUUCCAUUCAGCUAUCUCCUUCUGCCAGACAAGAGAGCAAGAGAGAUGCUGGUGGUCACAAUGGUGCCCUUAUUUUCCAAACCCAGAAGAAUGAGACUAUGUGUGAGACUCUGUGUAUGUGUGCAUGUGUGUGUGUGAGUAUGUGUGUGUGAGUGUGUGUGUGUGUCUGUGUGUGUGUGUGUGUGUGUGAGAGAGAGAGAGAGAAAGAGAGAGAGAGAGAGAGAAAGAGAGAGGGAGAUUGAUUUCUAGUUACUGUUGCCUCAAUUUCUCUAGGGAGACUAGUUUAGCACCACAGAAAAUUAAAGCAUAACUUUGACUAAACUGUGCUGAAAAGGAUAAUGUUUUGUGAUUAUUACUUUUUUUUUGCCUCUGCAGACUGACAAGAGUUAAUUUGUACUCAACCUAACCUACAAAAUUACAAAUAGAAUUGGAUUACUAUAUUCAGACUAUAUUCAGAAAUUUCCUUAAGUUUUUAGACCAGAAUACAGUGUGUUAAGAAGGGCUACCACACAUGUGUAUGCCCUGGUACUUCUGCAUUGAGUGGUCUUUGUAGCUAUGCGUUUCUAGCAGCUAUUGUGGAUUUAAUCACCAGAAGCUUUCUGUAAGUCUGCUGAGAUGUAAUUUUUCCUGUGGUUUUUUUUAUUAUUAUUUUAAUGAUAUAUUAUUAAGGUUGAACAAAAAUAGUGUUUUUUCUCUUACUUUCUUUUUUUUUUGUUAAUCAUUUUAUUUGUUUACAUUUCAAAUGAUAUUCCCCUUCCGAGUACCCCUCCACCAACUCCCCUUCUCAUCACCCCACCCCUCCCCUUUGCCUCUGUGAGGCUGCUCACCCAUUCCUGCCUCACCGCUCCAGCAUCCCCCUAUGCUGGUGCAUCAAGCCUCUCUCUCCUCCCAUUGAUGUCAGACAAGGCCAUCCUCUGCCACAUAUGUUUCUGGAGCCAUGGCUCCCGCCAUGUGUACUCUUUGGUUGGUGAUUUAGUCCCAGGGAGCUCUGGGUGGUCUGGUUAGUUGAUCUUGUUCUUCAUAUGGGGUUGCAAUCCCCUUAAGCUCCUUCAGUCCUUCCCCUAGCUCUUCCACUGGGGCCCCCAUGCGCAGUCCAAUGGUUGGCUGUGAGUAUCUGCCUCUUUAUUGGUUAGGUGCUUAUAGAGUCUCUCAGAGAACAGCCAUACCAGGCUCCUGUGAGCAAGCACUUCUUGGCAUCAGCAAUAGUGUGGGGGUUUGGUGUCUUCAGAUGGGAUGGAUCCAUAGGUGGGGCAGUCUCUGGAUGGCCUUUCCUCAGUCUCUGUUCCAUUUUUUUGUCCCUAUCUUUCCUUCAGACAGGAAAAUAUCUGGGUUUAAAAAUUUGAAAUGCAUGGGUGCCCCAUUCCUCAACUGGGGGCUGUGCCUAUCUACUGGAGGUGGUCUCUACAGGUUCUAUCUCCCCUUUGCUGGGUAUUUCCACUAAAGCCAUUGCCAUUGGCUCCUGAGACUUUCAAGUGGCUACCCCAGAUCCCUGUGCCUCUCUGCUACACGUUUCUAUUAAAUGUCCCAAUCCUCUGUACUGCUCUCCUGUCCCCUCCAAUACCUGUUCCUGCCCCCUUUUAUCCUCCCCCCCCCCUUCUCUACCUCCGUGGCCCCUUCCUCCUCCUAGCUCCUGUGAUUAUUUCGUACCCUGUUCUAUGUAGGAUUGAAACCUCUACACUUUGGUCUUCCUUCUUCUUAAGCUGCAUUUGGUUUGUGGGAUGUAUCAUGGGUACUCUGAGCUUUGGGGCUAAAAUCCACUUAUCAGUGAGUAACUGGGUUCUUUUGGGUCUGGGUUACCUCACUCAGGAUGAUACUUUCUAGUUCCAUCCAUUCACCUGUGAAUUUCAUGAAGUCAUUGUUUUUAAUAUCUGAGUAGUAUUCCUGUGUAAAUGUACCAUAUUUUCUGUAUCAUUCUUCUGUUGAGGGACAUUUGAGUUGUUUCUAGCUUCUGGCUCUUGUAAAUAAGGCUACUAUAAACAUAGUGAUAGAGGAAUAAUAUAUAAAAUACAUGAAGAACUCAAGAAGAUAGACUCCAGAGAACCAAAUAACCCUGUUAAAAAUGGGGUACAGAGCUAAACAAAAAAAUUCUCAACUGAGGAAUCUCGAAUGGCUGAGAAGCACUUAAAGAAAUGUUCAACAUCCUUAGUCAUCAGGGAAAUGCAAAUCAAAACAACCCUGAGAUUCCACCUCACACCAGUCAGAAUGGCUAAGAUCAAAAACUCAGGUGACAGCAGAUGCUGACAAGGAUGUGGAGAAAGAGGAACACUUCUCCAUUGCUGGUGGGACUGCAAGCUGGUAAAAAUCUCUUUGGAAAUCAAUCUGGAAAAAUAGAAAUAGUUCUACCUGAAGACCCAGCAAUACCAUUCCUGCGCAUAUACCCAAAAGAUGCUCCAACAUAUAACAAGGACACAUGCUCCAUUAUGUUUUUAGAACAAAAAAAUCUUAGCCCAUUUUAUUUGCUUUUAUAAAGCUUGUGAUUUUACUACACAUGCUUGAGAAGGAUUAGGUUGAAUAUAUUUUUCCCACACUAUUUAUCUUUUGGAGCAGCUGGGAUGAUAGCAAGUCAGUCACAGUUCACAUAACUCUCUUACAUCCAUAAAUGGCCAGCCUUCCCCACUGUCGGCAUCCCUCAGCAGGACUGAGACGUCCGUCUGUUAGAAGGGAUGGGGUUACAGUGACAUAGCAUCUCACCCAAAGUCCGCAGUUAGUUUACCUGAGGGCUCAUGCUUACUGGUGCCAUCUCCUCUAUGCUUCGGGAAAUAUGUGUAGAUAAAUGCCCUUUAUUGUGGUAUCAUUUGGAAUCCUCUUGGCCCCUCCCCCGAAACCUUCCCCUGGACCCCCCCUUUUCAUCUCCUUUUCCCAACUUCUGGCAAUGCUUGAUCUUACUGUCUCUGGAGUAAGCGCUGUACAGAUGGAAUCGUGCACUCUGUAGCCUGUUCAGAGUGGUUCCCAUGACGUAGCCAAGACAGUUUGGUUUUCCUCCUUUUGGUUUAUGGCAGAAUGGUUGAUUUCUUCAAGUGUGGACUCCAAUUCCAUUCAUCUGGAAGUUCCACAAUCUAGCCUUCUCUCUGCUAAUGGACAUCUCUGUUGUUCACAGGUUUUUCCAAUUUUGCAUGAGGCUUAUAUAAGCAUCUCACGGUGUAGUUUUUCACACCACAGCUGUGAAUUAUCUAGUUCUUUGGACAUUUCCAAGGUUUAGGACUGUGGGACUAAAUGGUAUGUCUAGUCCUGUAAGACAUCGCUAAGCGUCUUCCCCACUAACUGCACCUUUUAUAUUUGACCAGCAGGGAGCAAGGCUCCCGUUGAUGCACGGCCACACCCAUGCUUGGUAUCAUUAAUUGGUUAGAAGGCACUAAGGUGGUCCUCUUCCUUUGCCUCCGUUACCCGGAUGUCCUAGGAUACAGAGCAUCUUUGCAUGUGCAUCUUUGACAUCUUUGCUGACACAUCUAUUUAGGUUUUACACCUACUUUAAACAUCAAGUUGCUCAUUUUCUGAUGGUUAAACUCUUUCAAGAUUUUUCCGUUUUGCAUAUUUUUAGAUAGCAGCCCCUGAUUAGAUCGGUGUUUUCACACCCUGAAUGGCUUUUCGUAUUGUAUAGAGUGCUUCCAGUGAAGUCCAGAUUAUCCAUUUUGUUUUCAUUAAUUGAACUUUACGUGUUGUGUGUGAAAGUCACCAUCAGGAGGGUAUUUAUAUUUCUUGUGCUAUCUAUUUUUUUCAUAGCUUUGCGUUUUUACAUUUGUGUAAAUGAUUUAUUCAAGUUAAUGUUUGCCAAGGGUACAAAGUUUAUGCCUAGCUCUAGAUUCCUUUUUUUUUUUUUGGUACAUGUCUGUGUGUUUGUGGGGUGUGUGUGUGUAUGUGUGAGAUGUAGGCAUGCAUCUGUUGUAUGCACAUGUGUGUGUCCAGACGUGACAGUUGCACAUGCACAGAGAGGUUGGAGGUGGCUAUGGGUACACUGCUCUUUCAGUCACCGCCUUACUUCCUCAAGGCAGUGGUGUCUCACAGAACCUGGAGCUAGGCUGGCAGCUAGUCAGUCACAGGCCUUCGCCUGUUUUCACCUUUCCCAAGACUGGGGUUACAGACUUACAUGUAGUCACAUUCAACUCUUAAAGUUGAUUCUGGGCCUUUAAACAGAUUUUUGUCUAACUUGCUUUUCAAACUCUCUGAUAAAAUUCUUUUUGUUUUCUGAAAGGAAAAAAAAAAGGAACAUUAUUCGAUGAAUAACCUUUUCUACUAUUUGCUUUAACGGCAUAUGAGUUUGACGCUCUCUCAGCUAUGUUCUCAGCCUUCCAGUUCUCUAGUAUGAAACAGGAAGAUUGACAGCCCUAACUGAGAUAAACAGCAGGGACAAUAUCUAAUAAGCAGAAGCAAUUCAUCAGGUAGGUUUCUUUUUUAAACUUAAAUAUUUUUAGGAUUCUAGGAGAUACUCAAGGUUUUAUUAUCAAUGUUCUUGUACAUUAUCUCUUUCAGAAAUUUUUCAUUGGUAUAGGACAGAAUCAAAGCUGUCAGUAAUCUAUAAAAAUCUAACAUCUAUAAAGUGAUAAAAUAAUAUAUAGUCUCAAGUCUUAGUAUUUACUUAAAUUACACCAGCAUGGCUUGUGGUAAGAAAAAAGUUGAAGAGUUAUAUAAGAUUUCUUUCAAAUAUUCAAUCUACAAUCUAUUGGGUUUGUGUUGGAAACCAUCUCUCUGUCUUUGUCUCUCUCCCUCUCCCCUUGCUGUGUACGUGUGUGUGUGUGUGUGCGCGUGUGUGUGUGCGUGCGUGUGUGUGUGUGUGUGUGUGAGAUGUUGUACCUGUUCCUCUGUUGUCGGAUACCUCAACUGGUCCCAUAACUGAGCAAUUAUGAAGAGCGUUACAGUAACAGUAUGUGCAAGGAUCUCUGUGAUCUGUAGACACAGAUAAAGAAAAUGCUAUUUAUGUACACAGUGGGGUUUUUUUCAUCUCUAAAGAAAAGUGAAGAUAUAUCCUUUGCGGAAAACCAGAAAUAGCUAGAGAAAAUCAUGUUAAACAAAUCGAUUAGUCUCAGUCAAGUGCUGCAUGUUUUCGUUCAUUUGUGGGACUCAGAUAUUGUGAUAUUAUGGAUACAUAAACUCAUGUGUGUGCCCAUGACAUGAAAGUAGAAAUAUGAAUGUUUCUCAGAAUAUUGUCUAAGAAACCGAAGGGAUUAAUGGAGGAAAGGGCAGAAAGAGCAGGCUAGUGGUAAUGAGAGGAAGUAUGCUCAAAAUAUGUUAGAUAUUUGUAUGAUCAUGGCCUCAUGCAACCUUAUAUAUAAUAACCAUACCUUUCUAUGCUAGGCAUGCUAGCACAUGCCCAGAAGCCUUGGACUUGCGAGGCUGAGACAUGAAGAUCUCCAAAAAUUUGAGGCCAGCCUGGGCUACAGAGUUUCACUGGACCAAAAAGAAAACUUUACUAUGACCUGGGUGGGUAACUUAAUUGUGUUAGAUUCUCAACACACAUGAGCUCAUACCAUACACACACACACACACACACACACACACACACACACACACAUGCAUCCAGGCACAUGCUGACACACACAUGCUAUCCUAUGUCUCCUCUGUCACUUAGAAUCAAAACCAAUCAUCCCAGCAGGUGACUUGGCUCAUUGCUACACAGUGCACUGGCCUCGUGAGGGGCUGGGUUCAAAUCCAAGCCACCCAAAAGAGUUUCCAUCCUGGCUGACAAGAUCCUACUAGAUCUGGAUUUCUACUGUGUUUCAGUGCUUAUCUUCAGCCUCCCAGGGGUCUACACCAGCACCUCCAGCUGGUUUGUUUUGUCUUAUUUUUUUUGUUUGUUUGUUUUGUUUUGUUUUGUUUUAUGGUACUGGAAGUAGAACCCAGGCUACUCUGUCUGCUUGGCAAGUAAGUCUCCUACAACCUAGCAACACCUGUAGCCCCCAGUUUUCUUUCUUUACAUUCUUUAAACGUGCCAAAUCUAUUUCUCCUCAGAGUCUGUGUGCUUUUCUCCAUUUGACCAGGAUUUAUUUUCCUCCAGACAUCCUGGUCAGUUCAAAUGACAGCUCCUUAAACAGAUAUUCUCCAGCCACCGUAUUUAAUGUUCCCUUCACUCUCCAUCCAAGUACCGCUCUGUUCCAUUCUCAUGCCUUAUUGUCUUCAUAAAGUUUAUUACUCUCCAAAACUGCUCCUAUUCCCGGUUUUACUCACUGGAGUGAAAGCCAAGGCCCCCAGUGUCUUGUACAUCACCAGAUCACCACUGUCUGUGGUUCUGCCUGACCUAAUGGAUGCAUUUUGUUGGAAUAAGAUAAGUAGUAUUAUGAUAACUGCCUGACUAGUUUGCUGCGGGAGAGAAUAAGAAUUUGAAAUUGCGCUAGGCACUUGGGAGGCAGAGGCAGGUGGAUUUCUGAGUUCAAGGCCAGCCUGGUCUACAGAGUGAGUUCCAGGACAGCCAGGGCUAAACAGAGAAACCCUGUCUGGACCACCCCCCCCAAAAAAAAAGAAUUUGAAAUUGCUCUGGUGAUGAAGACCAUUCUCUGGUAUUCUCAGCACUGUGAUUUGGUUUGUCAUUCACUAGUAAUAUUCAAGGAGAAUACAGUACUACAUAGAAAUUUCUUCAUUAAGCUAAAUAUAUAGUGAAAGAUAUGGACUUCUAGUUGAGUCUCUCUUACUAAGUUUCUUUAUUUACUUUUUCUAUAACAUGUUAUUUUCUGACUCUAUAAUAUCAACUUUGUUAAGACACGGUGUCUGUCUGUAUUUUGAUAUUUGUUUUGUUUUAUUGAUAAUACUCAGUAUAGUUUGGUUCUUAUUAAUUUAUUCAGUUUCUGUCAAAUGAACAACCUAAUAUAUGAUAUGCUAAAUUAAUAUUCAGCACAUAUCAAUGAUAGGACAAUAUUACACUGACUUAUAGUUAUUGUGAGUAAUUCCAGGAAUUAUAGAGAGCAGCUCUACUAGUAGGGAUGAAAAAAAUAAGUGAGGUUUAAAAGAAUACUGUUGUCAGUAAAAUAAACCCAACUCUUAAUUCUAUCAGGAUAUUUACGUACUGUUGCUCAGGGCCGGUGUGAUGUAGUGACUGAGUCUGCACAAUAGUGCUGGCAGCUUGCUCCUAGUUCUUUAUCCCCUUAGUGUGUAGAUGGAGAAGAAGCCCAGAGAGGCUGCAUAACACGGUCCCAGUCCCACAGCCGAAGUGACUCUCACUGGUUCUCUAGAUAUUUGUGCGGAAAGAUACACAGCAUCUAAACUGCAGGAAGGCACAGCCCCACCUUAGACUUCCAUCUUCGUUUUCCUCAAGUCCAUGUGUUUAUUCUUCCAGUUAUCAAGGCAAGAACUAACAAGCCAUUCUUUCUUCCAUUACUUCUUAGGGUCCCUUUCCUCUUCUGGGCCAUUUUACACCACCAUUGUUCAGAAUGACUCUAUUGUAUUGAUCGCAAAGCAGUUCACAUCCUUACACCGCUGCUGUGGGGUCUGUGUGCAUCUAGCUGACAUAGAACACCGAUGUACAGUUCUUCCUCAGGGCUGCAGAGUUCACAUUGAGGCACUCCUGCCCAUCGCUUUAACUUCUCAGAGAGCUCUGCCAUGGCUUUCUUCCUGUCCCUGGCCCAGUGCCAGGCACUUGGUCCUUUGUGUGCAUUCCCUGUUGGCUCCAUGCUCAGCCUUUUGUGUUGUUGAAUGGCUCUGUCUUGUUUACCUCUGCUGAAAUUCCCAACCCUCCUGGGAGGCCUUCCCAGAUGUCCCACUGUUGGGUUUGGUCAUCAUCUCUUUGUGUAUCACUUCAGAGCUCUGGGAUAUGCUGCCCAGUGUGUUAUGUCCCCUUGAUCAGAGGCCUGACCCUGGAGAGCAGGGAACUCUGCCUUCUCUGCUCAGGGCUCUGUCUUCAGAGUGGGGACAGUGCCUCUCAUCUCUGACAAACAGUAAGCCCUUGUCGAAUGAAUGAAUCUGGCUGAGUGUGAGCUGAGCACACAUUAUUCAUGGCUCACGGAAGCAUAGUAUUUAAUUUCUACAAGGGCCUUCCGAAAAAGUGUGUCAAGCACCAAGAUGAGCUAGCAAGGAUAUAAAAUAGAGCACACUGUAAAGGUUGGUGAGAGCUUGCAUGGAUUAAGGAUUUACCAUGUCACAGGCACUACACAUACUUUAUAGACUGAGUGAAUGAGUUCUUAAAGCCACAGACAUUGGGAAAGCCCCAUUUCAGUUAAUGGGUUUAAACUCUUAACUUGUAAAUACAGGUACCAUCAGGAGAAGGAUGGUUUCACACUUCCUGUCUGCUGUUGAAUAAUAAACAUCGAUGUGCAAUCCACGUGAGGAGCAAUUAAGUGGAUAAAUGAGAAAACAGACAAGCAGAUGAGGCAGCUGAAGUUCAAUAGCAAAGUGAGUGAAGCUGAAACACCACACUGUUUAAAUAGAGAAACAAUGUCUACCAGGGCCUACAGCAUAGAAAACGGGGUGAGGGUUUGAUAUCACACAAAGCAGGAACUGAGUUCAAGAGAAAAAGACCAAAAAGAUGGGGAGACACCCAAAGGGAACCGAAGGUUUAAAUCAGGCCUUUGCAACCCUUCAAUCACCUCGGACGACAGGAAAACAUUUUAAGUAUCAUGAAACUAUGUCUGUAGCCAAAUGAACCAAACCGUUUUCGAAAUUUAAUACUUUGGCAAAACAGCCACCCCCAACAGUAGGCAAAUAAAUUGCGCUGUUUCAAAGUAGAUUUUUUUUUCCUGUUGUCUAAGUAAUUUAACAAGACACAUUGGGAACAGCAAGGGAGAAGGAAGAACAUGAGAACCAGGAAUGGGGGAAAGAAGGAGAGGAAGAGAGGGGGAGGGAAAGAAACCGAGAGGAGGAGAGGUGGGGGGGUGGGGAGAGAGGGAAGGGAGGGGGAGGGGGAAAGAGGAGGAGAGGGAGGGUGGAGAGGGAGGAUGCAUAAAUUUCUAGGAAAUAGAAGAUAUUAGACAAUACCUUCUUUAGACCAUUGUGUGAGGCUUAAAUGCAUCCUAUGAAGUCUCACAAUUACCUUAAAAGACUCCAUAACCUACAGCGUGUUUUCAUCAUUGGAAAACAUCUUGUCCAUGAAAACUAUAGUGUCUUGUAGCUGAAAGAGACUUCCCAAGGUGUCCGUCCCCCUAAAACACAUUACACCUCCAAGGGGAAGAUAUGUGAAUUUCUAUGCUCAGAAGAUUUUUAAAGCUUUUACCAUGUUAAGAUGGCACAUUCAGCAUGGGAAAUUUGAAAAUUAUUUUUAAUCAUUUGUUUUUACUCUCCUAUGCUUAUUCUACAUAUAGGUGAAAAUAAAGUGAAAAUAUUAGUUAAUUCUACAAAGUGGCAGGGGAGACUAUGUUUAAAUAUGGAAAGAAUAGCCUCUUAUCUGAGACCUUUAAAGCCUAAAAUAUUCGGAACCUCAGAAUGACUGCCUGACAUUUCAUUUUGCAAGAAGUCUAAACAACCACAGUAAAUUCACAAAUGCAGACAUACCACAGUUAAAUUUCAUUUCACACCCAGUAAGCAAACAUAAUCAGGCGAUAAGCACUGUUCCACACUGCCCUGUGAACUCACAGUUUUGUUGGCAGAGGAGGGUUGACCCUGAAAUACUCCAGAGAUGGAUGGAUUAGCUUAGACCACCCCACCCCAGGUUACAGACCAGCAAAUUUGUUUCUCGUUACCUUUUAGGUAUCUGUUCUGCAUCAUUUAACAAACAACCCAAACAAGCGGUGGUUGGAUGAGAUCAGAUUAGAUAUUAAAUUGGGAAUUAUUCAGGGAAAGUCUUUUGGAAAUAGUAACUGUGGUUUUUUCCUUUGUGUGUGUGUUUGUUUGUUUUUUCCCUGUUUCAGUUUGGCAUAGUGUUGAAUGGGGCAUAGUGUGAACAGGGUUUGCCAGUAUGUUAGAGAGAGUAGCCCAGGGUGAAACUGUCCUCAAAUUAGGUAGAAAUGCCUACAAACUAGAAAUUUGCUCAGUAUUCAGCCCAGCUCCCAACUCUCCAUAUGAUAAAUAUGCUUGUAAGAGAAAAAUCAGUUUAUCAUCACUUCAGUUUAUGUCUAACCGGUUAUAUAUGCACAAAGUUUGAUAUAUGGUGCAUAGAUAUCUUUAUUGCAGUUUAAGUAUGGAGACUAUCUGAGCAUGUAUUCUACUGUCCAUGUUGUUACUCUUUAUUUCCUAUUUGAAAUAUCCAAUGGCUUUUGAUCACAUCUUAAGUGAAAAAAUCAAACUAUAAGUGGCUACCAAGAUCUAACUUCAUCUUCUGUUGCAGGCAGGCCUUUCAAUACACUUACUCACUAUUGUUAAAGAUAUUUAAAUAGAACAUUAUUAAGAUGUUUUAUGUUUAGAUUAUGUAUGCAUGAGACUCAUAAGCUAUGGAUUUCAUUUAGCAAAGAGGGCGUGAUAAAUCAUGUCUGCUAUAGGCUUGUUAUAGCAGAGAAAAUAGCAUCACUCCCGAGGCGGGAGUGCUUCCUCCUGCUCAGACUCUGCCACCCUCAGUGUGACACUGGGCCAUUCCUGAGGUCACAAGACGGCUGCCACAGUUCAUGACCACAUGUGCAGACGACACCGCAUCUAAAAGGACUAAAAUAUUUAGCGUGUUCAAUAUUUACCAGAUAGACUACAUGCUCCAUACUGCUUCUCAGAGGAGACCAUAACUAUCAUUUAAUGUAAAUAUGCAAAGAAGGGUGUUCUUUAAUUAGCAGUCCAGGAGAUUCUGCAGGGGAAAGACUUAAUCUUAAAAGCAAGCCUAGUCUUUUAAUAAAAGCAUAUAGAGAACCUAAUUCAGAAGAGUAUAGAAACCAUACAAGUGCUUUGUAGGCGACUGCCUACUUCCCAGGAGAGAGAGAGAGAGAGAGAGAGAGAGAGAGAGAGAGAGAGAGAGAGAGAGAGAGAGAACGAGAACACAUGUAUGUGUUGGUAUAUAUUAGCUACUCUUGUUUGAAGUGCAUUUUGUUGGAUAAUUCAGCCUGCGUUGUUUUCUCACGUGAACACACUUUUUGUCUUAGAAGUUUAAUGUCAUGCUUUAGUGGUCCUUCAGCUCCACUGAAGCCCACUUGUUACAAUGGUAGCUUUCUCUGCAGGAGAGCAGGGAGCUGCCAUCACUUUACAAGUAAUUAGUGUUUGGGGAGUAGCUACUCAAAUAGAUCUCUACCAUGGUCCACAGGCACAGAUGCCUGCAGGGUCCAGAGGUGACUGACUGAGAGAAUUGGGCCCAGGGGAAGGGACUAUAGCUAAAUGGAAAGCAAAGUCUUAUCGGUGUAACUUAGCGCUUCCCUAUAGUUAUUGUAUGGAAUUGGGUACAGGACUACCAUAUCAUCUGAUAAUUAAAAAAAAAAUCAAAUAUCUGGUUUAUUUGUAUAAUCUUCUAACUUUUAGAUGUUGACCCAUUUAGAUCAAAUGCCACACACUUGGAUAAGCCAAUUCAAACUUGCCCGAGGAAGAUAAUGGGAAGAGAGCCCAUUGGCUACUGCUUACAGCCUCUGCACAGGCUACCUGUCAGGGUAGCCAAAUGAGGACCACUGGCUAGAGUGGUCACGAAUGUGCAGCUUCCUGUUCCAGGGUGGGGGGUGGGGGGCUGUCUCCGCAGACAUGCGGCUUGCCUUGCUGAGGACAGCACAGCCACGGCUACUAAUUUGACAGCAGUCCAGGACAGCUCAGCAGCAGCCGUCCAACAGAAAGGCUCCAUAAACUCGAGGGCUGGUCUUGGGUUGCUUAACAGGAACGCUUUGAGGUAGAGCUGAGAAAGCACUCAGGACUAAAAAAUCCCCAAAGGACUGAGAGGAUUCUAUUCCCUCCAGCACCUCUGAUGGAAUGGCCCUGUCGUGUCGUCUUGAUCUAGACACUUCUGAGCUUCUGCUGUGCUUCUUCAUGUCUUGUCCCAUGGUGCAUGGCCACGUUCAUUCACUAUCUGUGACCUGAGCAGAUUCUGAUUGCUGUGUCCUGUCUCCCUACUUUAAUAAGACUGAUACACUAUGAGAGUGAUAGCCGUAACCUUCCAAGUAGAAACUCUAAACUGUUCUUCAAUCACAGUCCCAUGAUGCAUUAAAAAAAAAAAAUGUUUUGUUAAAAUCAAGUCCAGACAUCUUUGCCUCCCAGCUAAAAUCCUCCAGAAGAGAGGGGUGGGGCAUCCAAGCCAUAAAGUCUCACCAACACGACUGCCUAAAGUUGAACUGAACAAGAACAAUCCAGUCAGCAUGCCACAGCAGAUGUAAGACCACAGACCCCAAGGCUGGGACCUCAACCCAGAGAACUAAGGCACAAUGGGCGGGUGAGAAAUAGUCUUCCUCAGUGAGGAACAUACCAAUUGGUUUUCUAAUACCAAAUGGUUGAAUAAGAGGUGGCUGGAGAAAUGGCUCACCAGGGAAGAGUAUAUUCGGAAGAAUUUAGUUCAGUUCCCUGAACCCAUGUCAGGCAGUUCACAAUGCCUGCUCUAGAGAAGAAAACAUCUCUUGCUUCUUCAAGAAUGUGCACACACAGACACACAUUCACACACACAUACACACACACUCACACUCACACACUCACACUCACACAAAGUCAAAACAUACAGACAUAGAUAUACAAUAUUCACACAUGCACAUACUCACACAUACGCAGGAGAAUUAAGACAGGUAGACACACACACACAUAAUAUUAUACAAAAUAAAUAUUUUGAAAAGGAAAACAGCAAAUAAUAAAAUCCUGGGCAAGUGAGAUCUCUACUUCUGAUAGAUAAGUUGUGGACAGUUUCACGUGUCUGGGACUGUUUUUCUGCAAAGAUGGCUACUUACUACUGGUUGAGAUGUUGGUCUCAGCAAAUACUGAAGGUGAGAGUCAGUGAAUGUCAGGGGUAAGUUUUAAGUUGCUCUUUCUAAAGGUAUCGUCCAUUGGCAAGAGCUCUGCUCCUCCGAGUGUGUCGGCCCUUCUGGAUUGGAAAGGAGCUUUUAACUAAUACACAGCAUCCACUCAGGCUACUGUGUAGCUGCCCGUUACAGCGGUAGUUGUAGAUGCAGGUAGAUAAAAUGGGUCUCUGCAUUGUUUCUGGAGAACACAUGCGUUUUCUAAAUUAAUUACACCAAUGAGGGUAUUUGCUUGGUUCAAUUAAGAAAAAAAAGAUCACUACCCUGCUAUUCCUACUCUGUGUCUUGGUUAUGGUUUCUAUUGUUGUAAUGAAACACCAUGACCAUUAUAAGAGCAAGCUGGGGAGGAAAGGGUUUAUUUGACUCACACUUCCACAGCACUGUCCAUCAUUGAAGGAAGUCAGGACAGGAACUCACACAGGGCAGGAACCUGGAGGCAGGAGCUGAUGCAGAGGCCAUGGAAGGAUGCUGCUUACUGGCUUGCUUCGCACCAUACAGUCAUCUUUCUUAUACUACCCAAGACCAGUAGCCCAGGGAUGGUCCCGCCCAGGGUGGCCUGGGCCUUCCCCACCCAUCCCUAAUUGAUCUCAAGUUUACCUGCAGCCUGAUCUUAUGGAGGCAUUUUCUCAAUUGAGCCUCCUUCUUCUCUGAGGACUUUAGUGGACAUAAAACUAUCCGGCUCGCUCUGUUUUCAGGAACAAUGGCAUAGGAAAGACUUGGUAUUUCAUGCAAGUGACUCUUGGGUAGACAAGAUAAUCUCUUAAUUAGCAGCAGAAACUGUCUACUCCCUGCCCCAACCUUGUUCAGUUGAUAAGCUGUGGCCUGGAACCAGUCCUGCGGCUUCUUUUCUUCCCCGAGGAGGGCUACGCACCCUUGUGUAGUGCUCUUAGGCUGAUUUGAGAGACCAUGCUGCUACUCACUUACUGACCUGUUAUUCAAAGUCUCGACUGCACAUCUGCAAGCCUCUGCGUAAUUGGUUUUAAUUGUUCUGCUUUGGUUGAGGAAGCCAGAAUAAUAACAAAAAGAUUCAGAACCUAAGGACGGUGAUUUUUGUUGUUGUUGUUGCUGUUGUUUAAAGAUGUUCAUGAAAUGUUUUAUAGCAUCUUUCUGUCAGCAUCGUUAGGUCUGUGUCUCUCGACACAAAUCCAGCCUUCUCCAGCAUGCAGAAUGAGAAACCUCAAAGCAUAGGGGAAAUUCAUGGGAGGAUUGCAUGUGACUGCACACACUUCAGAGCCAGAACAUUCCUGGUCGGUAAAUAUUUGACUUCCUAAAUAAAAUUGUCCCGCCUUCAUUAUGAGCAAUCUAUAUCUGAAAACUGAGCCCUGUCUAAAUGCAGGAGAGAGACCAAUUGCCUGUGAACCCAACGACAAGUAGUGGGAGUACAGCCAGCCCCCUUGGGGUGGCUUGCACACUCGUUAUGAUAUGGUUAUUGAACAACCAUUAUUCCGUCACAAGGCAUUUCUUUAAAUUACAAUUCUGGGAACAAGGAGCUGAGGAAUAUCAUUAGUCCGCUAGGUAAUAGGCUGACAUGUGAGUGAUGAAUUAGACUGGGAACCAAAUGACUUGUUCCUCCUGUUAGGAACCCCCAUCCAUGCGGAGACCCUCUGAAGAAAGACCCUAGAGGAGGGAGUGUUACACAGGAGUCAUGUUUUCCCAUGUAGCCUCUAGGGAACUUCGGUCCUUUGGACUCAAGUAUUUUUGAUAGAGUUGGGGGUUUUGUUUUUGUUUUUAAGUUGUUUGUGAAUUUUGAAGAUAAGGAUAAAGGCUUGGACACAUUCAAUUCAGAGUGGAGUUUCAUCUGCCUCUCAGCUCCUGUGUUUUAUUGUUAAGCGGUGUGACACCUCUCAGCCUGAAUCAACCUGGAGUUCCAAGUUGGAUUGUUUGUGUUCCCUUUCCCUGACACCACGCUGCUGGCCGCCGGUCCCUUUACCAGUCCCUUUAUUUGCUGUUCCUAAGCCUAUGAGAGGCUUCUCUGAGAAGCGCAUUUUAAUAUUUAGAUCAAACAGCGAUUGGAAUACAUUAAUGCCCAGUGGGUUUGAAAGCAGCUGCUGAGCCUUCUCCCUGCUGCUCCAAUUAACACAUGCAGCACGCUCAGUCAGCAAGAGGGCUGUGCGUAUGGGUGAAACCACUUUGCAAGAUCACUAGUGUGGCUUGCCAGAGAGCCGAAGGGUUAACCAGCCUUCCCUACUCCUAAACCGCAGCUUUCUAGGAAGUUUUCCAUCCGGCUGCUGUGCUUUGAGCAGAGGAAUGCUAAUAGGAGUGGGCAGGAUUAGCAGGUGGGCAAAGCCAGGCUCUCCCUACUUUGGUUCAGUCCAUUGACUAGCGCGCUUCCCCACCCCCGCUCGGUGAUGGAGGUGUGGGGUAGUGACAUUUUAGUGCUGGGAUGCCUCUUGCUUCAAGCUGCAUAUCUUGAACUUUUGUUUGGUUCUGAAACAAGUUGAAGCCCACAGCUUCGCGGGUUAUUUUUCCCCUUUUCCUUCUUUAAUUGAUAUCUUUUAUCAUAAUCUUACUUUUUUUCUCUAACCCACCCAUCCUUAAAAAAAAAAAAAAAUAGGAGAAUUGUCAGUUUCUUGGGCUAAAAGAGAAGUCUUCCCAAGCUACUCCCACGUCGCUGUUGUGUUUUCUCCUGCUGUGGCUGAACUCUCUCAGCCUUGAUGGGCACAAGGAGAAAGGCUGGAGGGUGAUGAGUCCCGGUCCCCGGGCUUGGUGAGGGUCAUUCAUGCUCCACCGGCUUGAAGAGCAGCUGGGCUCUCGGCUCUGCUGCUGGCUGCGCCUCUGCCGCGGCUGCCCCGGGAGCCAGUCAUGGACCGCUUCCUGGGAUUUGUCAAGCAGAUUCGGAGAUCUAGGAGAAGAAAGGGGAAAAAGUACCGGCCGGAAGAGGACUACCAGGAGGGCUACGAGGAUGUCUAUUACUAUGCUUCGGAGCAUUUUCGAAAUGAGAGUCCCUACACUAAAUCUGCCAGCCAGACAAAGCCGCCCGAUGGAGCAUUGGCUGUGAGGAGACAGAGCAUCCCAGAGGAAUUCAAGGGCUCCACAGUGGUGGAGUUGAUGAAGAAGGAGGGAACCACUCUUGGCCUGACGGUAUCGGGAGGCAUUGAUAAAGAUGGCAAGCCAAGAGUGUCCAACCUGCGGCAGGGAGGAAUCGCUGCCAGAAGUGACCAGCUGGAUGUGGGCGACUACAUCAAGGCGGUGAAUGGGAUCAACCUGGCCAAGUUCCGCCACGAUGAGAUCAUCAGCCUGCUGAAAAAUGUCGGGGAAAGAGUGGUCCUGGAGGUCGAGUACGAGCUUCCACCGGUCUCUGUACAAGGAUCCAGUGUUAUGUUCCGAACUGUGGAGGUCACGCUGCACAAAGAAGGCAACACCUUUGGUUUUGUCAUCCGAGGGGGAGCGCAUGAUGACAGGAACAAGUCCCGUCCGGUUGUGAUAACCUGUGUUCGUCCUGGAGGGCCUGCUGACAGAGAGGGCACCAUCAAACCUGGAGACAGGUUGCUCAGCGUGGAUGGAAUUCGGCUCCUGGGAACCACCCAUGCCGAGGCCAUGAGCAUCCUUAAACAGUGCGGACAAGAAGCCACGCUGCUGAUAGAAUACGAUGUCUCUGUGAUGGAUUCUGUGGCGACAGCAUCCGGGCCACUACUAGUUGAAGUUGCCAAAACUCCAGGUGCCAGCCUUGGGGUUGCCCUAACUACCUCCGUGUGCUGUAACAAGCAGGUCAUUGUCAUAGACAAAAUCAAAUCUGCAAGCAUUGCGGACAGAUGUGGCGCGCUACACGUGGGAGACCACAUCCUCUCCAUUGACGGCACGAGUAUGGAGUACUGUACCCUCGCAGAAGCGACCCAGUUCCUGGCCAAUACCACUGACCAGGUCAAGCUGGAGAUUCUCCCACACCAUCAGACCCGCCUGGCCCUAAAGGGCCCUGACCAUGUGAAAAUUCAGAGGAGCGACAGACAACAUCCCUGGGAUGCCUGGGCCAGCAACCAGUGCGGCGUUCAUACCAACCAUCACCAUAACACGUACCACCCAGACCAUUGCAGAGUGCCAGCCCUGACUUUCCCGAAAGCGCUUCCUCCAAACAGCCCUCCGGCUAUGGUGCCCUCAUCUUCUCCUACCUCCAUGAGUGCGUACAGUCUGAGUUCCCUGAACAUGGGGACUUUACCUCGAAGCCUCUACUCCACCAGCCCACGAGGAACCAUGAUGAGGAGGAGACUGAAAAAGAAAGACUUCAAAAGCUCACUGUCUUUAGCCUCCAGCACUGUGGGGUUGGCUGGCCAGGUCGUUCACACUGAAACCACAGAGGUUGUGCUGACGGCUGACCCUGUCACGGGCUUCGGAAUCCAACUGCAGGGCAGCGUGUUUGCCACAGAGACGCUCUCCUCUCCGCCUCUGAUUUCCUAUAUUGAAGCUGACAGCCCAGCAGAGAGAUGUGGUGUGCUACAGAUUGGAGACAGAGUCAUGGCCAUUAAUGGAAUCCCAACAGAAGACAGCACCUUCGAGGAAGCCAAUCAACUCCUGAGAGACUCUUCCAUCACGAGCAAAGUCACACUAGAAAUCGAGUUUGAUGUUGCAGAGUCUGUCAUCCCAAGUAGUGGAACAUUUCAUGUAAAACUGCCCAAGAAGCACAGCGUGGAACUUGGAAUAACCAUCAGUUCGCCAUCCAGUAGAAAACCGGGGGACCCCCUUGUCAUUUCAGAUAUCAAGAAAGGCAGUGUGGCACACAGAACCGGAACUCUGGAACUGGGAGACAAACUGCUUGCGAUAGAUAACAUCCGGCUGGAUAACUGUUCCAUGGAAGAUGCGGUCCAGAUCCUCCAGCAGUGUGAAGACCUGGUGAAGCUCAAAAUCCGCAAAGAUGAAGAUAACUCAGACGAGCAAGAGAGUUCCGGAGCGAUUAUUUACACGGUGGAGCUGAAGCGCUAUGGGGGGCCCCUUGGCAUCACAAUUUCUGGAACUGAAGAGCCGUUUGAUCCUAUUAUCAUCUCGAGCCUCACUAAAGGGGGAUUAGCUGAAAGGACUGGAGCGAUCCACAUCGGAGAUAGAAUCCUAGCCAUCAAUAGCAGCAGCUUGAAGGGGAAGCCUCUGAGUGAAGCCAUCCACUUGCUCCAGAUGGCAGGAGAGACUGUCACCCUGAAAAUUAAGAAACAGACAGAUGCCCAAUCUGCAUCAAGUCCCAAGAAGUUCCCCAUCCCUGGCCACUCGGGGGACCUAGGAGAUGGUGAGGAGGACCCCUCCCCAAUACAGAAACCUGGCAAGCUCUCCGAUGCGUACCCCUCCACGGUGCCCAGCGUGGACAGUGCUGUGGACUCCUGGGAUGGGUCUGGAAUAGAUGCCAGCUAUGGGAGUCAAGGCUCAACUUUUCAGACUUCAGGAUACAAUUACAACACCUAUGAUUGGAGGAGUCCAAAGCAAAGAACCAGCCUGUCCCCAGUCCCCAAGCCUCGAAGCCAGACGUACCCAGAUGUGGGCCUGAGUAAUGAAGACUGGGAUCGAUCCACAGCCAGUGGCUUUGUAGGGGCUUCUGACAGUGCAGAUGCUGAACAAGAGGAAAACUUCUGGUCUCAAGCAUUGGAGGACCUGGAGACCUGCGGCCAGUCGGGGAUCCUGAGAGAGCUUGAGGAGAAAGCUGACAGGCGUGUGUCAUUGAGAAACAUGACCCUCUUGGCAACAAUCAUGUCGGGGAGUACUAUGAGUUUGAAUCAUGAGGCUCCAAUGGCUCGCAGUCAGCUGGGGCGACAGGCCAGCUUCCAGGAACGGAGCAGUUCACGGCCACACUAUAGCCAAACAACUCGCAGCAACACCCUGCCCUCAGACGUGGGCAGAAAGUCUGUAACCCUGCGGAAAAUGAAGCAAGAAAUAAAGGAGAUCAUGUCCCCAACUCCGGUGGAGCUACACAAGGUGACCUUAUACAAGGACUCUGGCAUGGAGGACUUCGGGUUCAGUGUGGCAGAUGGCCUGCUGGAGAAAGGCGUGUAUGUCAAAAAUAUCCGCCCAGCUGGGCCAGGUGAUGUUGGGGGCUUGAAGCCCUACGACAGGCUCUUACAGGUAAAUCACGUGCGGACGAGAGACUUUGACUGCUGCCUGGUGGUGCCUCUCAUAGCUGAAUCUGGCAACAAGCUGGACCUGGUUAUUAGCAGAAAUCCACUGGCCUCCCAGAAGUCGAUAGAACAGCCGGCUCUGCCCAGCGACUGGAGCGAACAGAACAGCGCUUUCUUCCAGCAACCCAGCCACGGUGGUAAUCUAGAGACACGAGAACCCACUAACACACUAUAGCAGUACUUUUAUAAAGCAGGACAAAAGACAAUAUCUACAUGGUGCUAAACAAAAACAAAAACAAAAACAAAAACAAAAAACAAAAAAACAAAAACAAAACAAAAACCCAUUAAGAUUUCUGUGACAGCUGAAGCACAGAGAAUCACGUGGCAUUAAUGCAAGCACAGGGGUCUUUUAAAUCUCCCUCAUGGCUCAUGUUCUCGUCCCUUCCCAACUAGAAGAGGUUUCUUAAAAGAGUGGCCACUCCGGUAGCUGGUGAGUCCUUCUCUCCUGGGGCCCAGUGGUAGGGAAUAAAGCAGAAGGCAGCCCAUCCCUUCCCCCCAGUUAAGAUCAGAGGAAACUUUUUACAAUUCACCUUUACUGUCACUUUUUACAGAGAAAAACAUCGGUUUGAAAAUAUUCUCUAUGGUAAUUUCCUGAAUGACAUACGUUUCUUCCUAUAACGUCAUUAGUGUAAGGACAUGAUCAACAUGGAUUUACAGACAGCUGGCUCGGCUAGGGGAGCUAAGGAGGGGUGACUGGCCAGGCCUGCCGCAGUGGGAGGGGCGCAGGUAUAGCAUUAGGCUUUCUUAAAAUAUUUCCGCAACAAUGCACGUAGGAGACCUUAAUAGGUGGUGGUAAAUGUUUUGCCCAAAUAUAGGAAUGAUUUUAACUAAGAUGUAUGCUAUUCCCUAUGCAACAGAUGAUCAAACAGGAUAUGUCUUGUGACCUGUUUUGUUUUUGUUUUGUUCUCCUUCCCCUUAAGGACACAUUUUUUUUUCCUUUUUUUAAAAUAGCUGAAAAAAAAAUCUCUGAUAAUGAAUUAGAGUGUGUAGUAACACUGAGAAUUAGUGAUAUGAUCCUAUUUUUUAAAUCCAAGGCUAAGAAUUUAAGGAGUGAAGAGUCUUAAUGAGAUGAGAUUCACUUUAUGGGUAGGCAAAUAGAACUCAGCCAGGUCAGAUGGCUGCAGACGGCUUCCCCGAGGGGUGCACCGCAUGGUACUUACUGCCGGCGUUUGUUCUGAGCCAUGCCACUUGCUUAACUUGUAAAUACAUUUUCACAAAGCUCAUUGCCAAUCACUGUCCCCCCGAAGCAAUAAACCGUGACAGUUGCUUUAAAUGUUUGUGGGCAACUGCUUUCAUCUGUUCACAUAUUUUGAAUAGCUACACUAAUAACUGUUAUUUGGUAAAUAUUUAAAGGAAAAAAAAUAGAUCUGUAUAUUGAUGGUAGAAUGUCAAGACAAUUCUUUUCCAAACAUGUUCAUUUUGGUCACUAAUACAACUGCGCAGGCAAAACAUCGAAACACUGUGUCCUUUGUUUAAGGGAAAUGAUUCAUCUUUCUUUUUUGUGCAAAGAAAUAUAUGAUUUCAAACACAUUUCUGAACUGCCAGGGCAAGAAAGUAUAGAACAGAAUCAUGUUAAGAAAAAAAAAAAAAAAGAUCAUGAGUCACUUAAAUAUGUAUUUUUGUUUGUAACAAACAAGUAUUAAACUGUAAAGUAUUUUUGUACAAAUUUAAUACUUUAAUAGCAUGGUAUUUAUCGUCUAUGUAUGGUUUUGGGGAAUUCAAAAUUGUUGCAAAUAUUUGUAUGGAAAAAAAAAUCCUCUACCAAAUGGAAUAAACGGUGAUUUUAAAAGCCAAAAUAAAAAAAAAAGAAAUGA